AUGAAAAUUGUUUUGAUUUCAAUUUCACUUUUCGUUGGAUUUUUGAACGCUGAAAGUGUGCAUUGGCGUGAGUUUUGAGUUUUGAGCUUCAAAAAUUCAAAAAUCGAUAAAUUUUCAGAGUGGCGAAUUUUACAAUGUUCCGAAAAGUCGGGCGAUUCUCCACUUCAGAAGAAAGACGCCUCGCCUUGUCGAAUCUCACUUUUGGAAUCGGAACAUGAUGAGAAUCCACGGUUGGCACCGUUUGAUCCGUGUUUUGAGGUUGGCUGAGGAUUUAGGCUAACUUUUGGGGAUUAGGACCUUAUAGACUUUUAGGCCCCUACAAUUUUAUUUUUCUAUAAUUUCAGAAUGUAUAGAAAACAUGUUAUGAUGUGGCAAAAUUUAAAAUAAAAAACAUUUAUUUAAUUAAAAAAAAGUACAUUAUUUUUUGGAACAAAAACUAACACGUUUCCCGCCCCAGAAUUUCUAAUUUUUGCUCAAGAAAACAUCUCAACCAUACCUAAAACGACUAAAAAUUACAAAUUUUCUCGACUUGUCAAGAAAAACUUGAACUAACUUUGAAUGAAAUCAGAAGUUCACACGAUAUUUCAUUUUUUUUUUCCAAAAAAAAAACGAGUAAAUCAAAAAUCAGAGCUAAUACAAAUUCACAUAAUUAAUUUUUUGUUCUCUUCAGCAAGCACAUGUGCUGGCAAAGCUAAAAAAAAGUAAUUUUCAAAAAUUGCAUUUUUAGUCAGUCAGUUUAGUAAAAUGAAUAGUUCCAGAAAAAUGAAAAUGCAGAAAAAAAGAAGCAAAAACUCUAUUUUGUCUCAAAUUUCAAUAAUUCGUCUUUCUUGUCUGCUAAUUUAAAUCCUUUGAUUUUCAUUUUUGCACAAAGACUCGAUUUUUUAUGGGAUAUUUUGAAAUGGACCCAAUAAAUUCAGUUGGGCCAAUUUUUGAAUUCACAACAUUUUGGGUCAAAAAUGAUAUAUUUUUUCUUAAAAUUUAAAUUUUUCAGGAAUCUGCUAAUGGAAAACCUCGAAAUUAUUGCAACCUAAUUUGUCCAGGAGCCGACACAGCAUAUCUUAUCAAAAGAACGUGAGAACUUAAAAUAAUUUCCCAUUUUUUUCCAAAACUCAACACUUAUAUAUUUUUCAGCCCUCAAAACCAUCGCAGCUGUUUUGGCCACUUCACCUACAAAAUCGAGAAACGUUCGCCAAACUUUUUCAUCUGGCGCGAUGCCAAAUGUCGAUCUUCGAGUGUCGAAUUUCUGAUUAGAUGCGAAUUUUUGAGCUCCAGAGAUUCAUUUCCAACUGAUGACGUCAUUUUUUCAGAGGCCAAGAAAAUAUCGGCGGAUUUGAGAUUGUAA